AUGUUUUCCUCUUCAUCCAGAAACUCUCUGUUGUCGCCGUGGUCGUCCAUGGAGCAGGCAGACUCUGACGUUCUGGACAUCAGCACCAAGGUGCAGCUGCACGGCGUGCUGUGGAAGAGACCCUUUGGACGACCGUCAGCCAAGUGGUCCCGCAGAUUCUUCAUCAUCAAAGACAGCUUCCUGCUCUACUAUGCAGAGAGCGAGAAGAAAAGCUUCGAGACCAACAGGUACUUCAACAUCCACCCUAAGGGAGUCAUUCCCCUCGGAGGAUGUGUGGUGUCGGCAAACGAGGACAUGGGGAUGCCUUUUGCCGUCGUGGUCAACCUGGAAGAUUUCACAGGAACUGUAGUCCUGGCUGCUGAGUCUGAGGAGGAGCAGGUCCAGUGGAUGGAGAUGCUCCAGAACUCAGGAAAAGUCACGUGGAAAAACUCACAGCUCGGGGAGGCCAUGAUUGAGAGCCUGGAGGCUCAGGGCCUGCAGCUGGCCAAGGAGAAACAAGAGUACCUGGAUAAACUGAUGGAAGAGACCGAGGAGCUGAGUCACCAGCGGGCGCAGCGAGAGGAGCUGGAGCGUCUCAACCAAGUUCUGGAGGAGGAGAAAAUGAAGUUUGAGGAGGUGGUCCUGGAGCUGAAGGCCGAGCAGGAGCAGAUCAAACUAGACCUGGACGGCACCGCUCAGUCCCUGAAAUGUGUGGAGCGGGAGAAGGAGGAGCUGAACAGUUUAACUGUUAAUCUGCAGGAGUCCAUCGAGGAACUUUCUCAAGAGAAGCAACGAAGGUUACUGCUGCUGGGGGUCAAAGGUCAGGAGGACAACAAGGGGAGGUCAGCAGAGGAGGAUGGGGAGGAGCUCGGAGAGGAUGUGCAACACAUCGAAGAGCAGAUGAAGCUCCUGCUGAAGGAGAAGGAGCAUGCUGAGGAGAAGCUCCAGGAGAACGAGCAGCGAGCUAAAGUCCUGCAGCAGGAGAGGGAGUUCUUCUCAGCUCAGGCCCGGACUCUGCAGCAGUCCCUGUCCCAGCUCACUGUGGACAAGCAGCAAACUGAGGCUGAGCUCAAGGUGGAGAUCGAGGCUCGUGUGGAGCUGGAGCAGAAGCUGAAGUGGGCUGAGGAGGCUCUGAAGGACCUGGAAAAAGGUCUGAACUCACUGGAACGAACCAAGGAGGGGGACGAGAAGAUGAAAGGAGACGUGACGCAGCUAAAGAAGUUCUUUGAGGAGUGUAUCUGUGCAGCGGAGAUCGAGGCGAAGCUCCCAGCUAUAAUGAAGAAUGCAGUGUAUCUUCACAAAGCUGCUGCACGCAGAAUCAAGAGCUGCCGAGUCCAAAGAAGAGCGUCCAGACGCCGCUGGUUGAAACCGUCGAGGUCGUUUGCUGAUGACGGCAGCGUGGAGGAGCUACGGGCGACGGCUCAACGGCUGACCUCUGACAGCAGCUUCAGAGAGAGCGUCUACAAGAUCAUCACUCGCAAGGACGGACCCGACCGAAGCCCGGACUGA